GGAGUCUAGAAAGUUCGCUUAUAUAUUAAGCGCCUAAGCGGGCACUGCGUCUUUGUCUUGUAAUUCAUUCUUCCCCAAAAUUUGCUUUCGCUACUCUCGUUUUUUCCAUCAGGCCCUGCCCUUUUUUGCGCUUCUUGCUUAGGCCCCCAUUUGGGUCACUGCGCUUUGAGUGCGCCUUCGGUUUUGACAACUAUGGCGUUAUGCUAUUCUUCGUGGCCGUUUUAAAGAUUUUGGGAAUUCGGAGCCUUAUUCAGAAUCAUGGCGAAGCAUCAUCCUGAUUUGAUCAUGUGCAGGAAGCAGCCAGGAAUUGCCAUUGGGCGACUUUGUGAAAAGUGUGAUGGUAAAUGUGUAAUCUGCGACUCUUAUGUGCGUCCAUGCACACUUGUGCGUGUCUGUGAAGAGUGCAACUAUGGGUCUUUCCAGGGUCGCUGUGUCAUAUGUGGGGGUGUGGGCAUUUCUGAUGCCUAUUACUGCAAAGAGUGCACUCAGCAGGAGAAGGAUAGAGAUGGGUGUCCGAAGAUUGUCAAUUUGGGAAGUGCUAAAACAGAUCUGUUCUAUGAACGCAAAAAGUAUGGAUUUAAGAAACGAUGAUAGCACAAUCUCCCUUGCAUGAUUGUAAUCGAAGAUGAGUAGAAGUCAUUAAACAGCAACUAUUUGUACCGAGUCAGUAUUUGGGUAUGAGGAUGUUACCAAUACUUUAUGUUUUCUAUCUGGCAUGGUGUAUUAAUUCUUGUCUGCUAUGUUAUUGCUUCUGUUUGCACUA